AUGGAUGCUUCAGGUUAAAUGGAAGCGAACACCAAAACCUCCAUGGAACCAUUUCGUCCUUUGGCCAACUUCCCUCCUUCUAUAUGGGGUGAUCGCUUUCUAUAUUUCUCGGUGGAUAAUUCGGAAUUGGAAGCAUAUGCCCAAGCCAUGGAGGAGCCAAAAGAAGAAGUGAGAAGACUGAUAAUCAACCCAACAAUGGAUCCAAAUGCAACACUAAGUUUGAUUUAUUCUGUGUACCGUCUUGGUUUGACAUAUCUUUUCUCAGAAGAGAUUGAUGGUCAACUUGUUACUUUUUACUGUAUUUUUGUAAAAUUGAUAUGGCAAACUGAUUUAUUACUCGUUACCCGUCAUGCAGAUGUAUUCAACAAAUUCAAGGACCAAUGUUCGGGCAAAUUCGAGGAAUGCAAUAAUAUUGAUGCGAGGGGAAUGUUAAACUUCUAUGAAUGUGCACAUUUGGGAAUUAAUGGAGAACAUAUUUUAGAUGAAGCUUUAGUAUUCACGAAAACUCAGCUUAAGAGGAUCGUAAACAAUCUAGAAGGUAAUCUUGCAGAACAAGUGAAACAUGCGUUGAUGAGACCCUUUCAUCGAGGGAUGCCGAUGGUGGAGGCAAGGUUAUAUUUCUCUAACUAUAAAGAAGAAUGUUCCCGUUAUGACUCGCUUCGAAAACUUGGAUGCGCACAUUUUAACUACCUACGACUACUACAGAAGAAAGAGCUUUAUAUCGUCUCAAAGUGGUGGAAGGAUAGGGACUUCCAAAGGAUAACACCUUAUGCGAGGGAUAGAGUGCCAGAAUUGUAUUUAUGGAUGCUGGUAUUAUUCUUUGAGCCUCAAUACUCUGAAGCACGAAUCAUCACCACAAAAAUCGCAGUACUUGUAUUGGUGUUAGAUGACACAUGUGAUGCAUAUGCUACGAUUGAAGAGAUUCGUCUUCUAACACAUGCAAUAAAUAGGUCGGAAUUUAAUGCACUGGAGCAGCUUCCGGAAUACAUCAAACCAUUUUACAAAAUUCUAUUGAAUGUGUACGCUGAGCUUGAGAUGCAAGAUGGAAGAUCACAUUUCAUUAAUGCUGCAAAACAAGCCUUUCAAGAACUAGCGAGAGGCUACCUUAUUGAAGCAGAGUGGACACAUAGUGGAGAGGUGCCAUCGUUUGAAGAGUAUGUGAAGAAUGGAUUAACGACUUCAACUUAUAAUGUUCUUUCGAAAUCCAGUUUAAUAGGCAUGGGCGAGAUUGUCAGUGAGGAGGCCUUAGCAUGGCACAAAGGUAACCCUAAGAUUCUGAAAGCUUCAGAGUUAAUUGCAAGACUCCACGACGAUGUUAAGACUUACCAGUUCGAGCGUGAAAGAGGACAAUCAACCACAGGUGUGGGCGCAUACAUGAAGACUUUCAGGGUGUCUGAUGAAGAUGUAGCCAUUGAGGAAAUAAUGAAGAUGAUUGAAAGUGCAUGGAAAGAUAUAAAAGAAGGAUGUCUGAAGCCAAGGGAAGUUUCAAUGGAUGUGAUUGCCCCAAUUCUUAAUCUGGCACGAAUGAUAGAUGUGGUAUACAAACAUGAUGACGGGUUCACCUUUCCAGAAAAGGCCCUCAAAGUGUAUAUUACACUUUUGUUUGUUGAUUCUGCACCCGUGUAUUAACACAUGUGAUUUGAUUGUUCAGUUGUUUAUCAGCAACCCUUCUAAAGAUUAUGUCAAUGCCGAUUAACAUUGACAGAUCUUUCUUCUAAAUAAGAACUUAAGACUAUGUUUAUUGGUGAUUC